AUGGCCACCGGGUCGAAUGAUAUGAAGCUGUCUGAGGUUUCAAAGCAUGAUACAGAGCAAGCGGUCAUGGAUCUCCAGGAUGGAGACUCCAAAAAGCAUGAGAUACGAGACCUUGAUCCUGCUCUCCUGUUCAUGAACGCAGAGGAGAUUGAAUAUACCCCCGAUGAGGCCAAACAUGUUUUGUCUAAGAUCGAUCGAGUCCUCAUGCCCUUGCUCUGUUGGGUCUAUUUGAUUCAGUUUGCAGACAAGACAUCACUGAACUAUGCUUCACUCAUGGGCAUUCGGGAGGAUACCCAUUUGGACCCCAACUCGCAGCAAUAUAGCUGGGUCUCGAGUAUCUUUUAUGCCGGAUACAUCUUUUGGGAAUUCCCCACCACAUAUUUCCUGCGCCGGCUGCCCCUAGGAAAAUACACCGCAAUUAACAUCCUGCUAUGGGGCGUUGCACUAGUCUGUCACGCUGUCACUCACAACUAUGCGACUCUACUGUGCGUUCGCUUCUUCUUAGGCGCAUUUGAAGCCACAGUCACACCAGCUUUUGUCUUAUUCACAUCGUGCUGGUAUAAACAAGAGGAACAAGCCAGACGCAUGGGGCUGUGGCUCAGUUGCAACGGAUUGGCUCAAUUGCUUAUUGGGCCCGUCGCCUACGGCCUAGCUGGUGUUCAAGGAACCCCUAUCGCUGUGUGGAAAAUCCUCUUCCUAGUAUUGGGUCUGCCCACUGUCCUCACGGGCGUGGUAUACUUUUGGUGCAUGCCCGACAAUCAAGUUCAGGCCCGGUUCUUGAAUCACCGCGAGAAGCUUAUUGCCAUCGAUCGCAUUCGGGGCAAUUUCCAAGGUAUCGGCAAUCAAACAUGGAAGUGGCCCCAGUUUUUCGAAGCAUUCCGUGACCCGCGCACUUAUCUUUACGUGCUAUUCUCGCUGCUGAUGAACAUUCCCAACGGGGGGAUCACCACUUUUGGCUCCAUAAUCAUCAGCUCCUUCGGAUUUUCCAAUCGCAUGUCUCUCAUUUUGAACAUGCCAAUGGGCAUCGUGGACAUUGCUUGUAAACUGGGACUGACCUAUCUCUCCGAUCGGUUCUUUGAUCGCACCAUGUUCGCCAUAAUCGCUAUUCUGAUUCCCAUGAUCGGCGGAAUCAUGAUGAUUGUAAUCCCCCUUGAAGCCAAGGCUGGGUUGCUCAUUGGAUACUACCUCAUCGGAGCCGCCGGUACUGCCUGGUGUCUUGUGAUGGUAAUGAUCUCCAACAACACCCUCGGAUACACCAAGAAAGCAACAGUGAAUGGCCUCCAGAUCGUGGCGUACGCAGCCGGAAACUGGAUUGGCCCUCAGACAUUCCGGUCAACCCAAGCGCCUGAAUAUUUUGACGGCAAGCUAAUGGUCGCCAUCAUGUACGCUAUGGCAGCGGUCACAUUGAUGACGAUCCGGGUGGUCAACAUCAUAGAGAACAAGAGGCGCGACCGGAAGGCGAUCGAGGAGCCUGACACUGCACAUGCUCCCCCUGGGUCUGAAUUCUUGGAUUUGACAGAUUUCGAGCAACCAGAUUUUCGCUAUGUGCUUUGA